UGAUGCACAUGUAAGACACGAUUGGUGAUGUAACGCAAGAGGACGUGAAUGUAACGCAACUUAAACAGUGAUCUAGGGGCAAGUUGUGGCGGAGUAAGAUCACGGCGGAGGUGCUUUUGAAUGCUUCCUCGCUGGCGGUUCGCCUAAAGAUCUUCCGACUUCAAAAUAGACACGUUUGGGGCCGCUGACUCGUCGCUAGAUGUCAGGCACGUUUUGGAUAGUUUCAUAUCUCUUCCUGUCGAAUCGCUGGGAUAUAAACACAUUGGCGCGAUCUGGAUACAAAUCAACUUCGUAGAUACCAUGGAACGCGGUGACUCAGUGUUUAAGCCCAUAUUGAUAUUUUGUUUAGUAGCCUCUAUUUAUGAUAUUCGGGUCAACUCAAAUGGCACAGAAUCAAAGACAACAAAUCAAGAGCAAUUCACUGGAAAUCUUCGCACUUAUGAAAUCUUUAUUCCAACAAUCGAAUUAAGAGGUACACAAAAUCUCGCGACAGAAUCUUCACUGCAUGUGGCUUUUAAUGCAUUUCACGAAGAAUUCCGUCUCGUUUUACGGGUAAAUAAGGAUCUAGUUGCAACGGGGUUUUCCAGUGAGGUGUUGGAUAAUGGCAGGCUCUUCAAGCGAACGAUGAAGAAAGAUUGUUAUUAUUUCGGCGAGUCUCUGAGCCACGAGGGAUCAGUCGCAGCGAUCAGCUACUGUCAAGAACUGCGCGGAAUGAUCAAAACCACCAGCGAAGAAUACUUCAUCGAGCCGCUGCUGAGGUCAAACAGCUCUCACAAGCACAUGGUUUACAGAGCGAGUGACAUACGCAGUGGAUCGUUACACGCGGCGAGCUGUGCCGCCGUGAAAAAUUCCAUACCCCGUAGAGCACGUGUCCGGUAUCCUAGUUCCAUUCUCCGCAAUCGGCGCUCGGUCAUCACUGACCCCGCUGCUCAGCUCCUCGUUGUGGUCGAUGAGGACAUGGUUGGUUUCCAUGGCAACGAUAGCAUAGAGGAAUACGUUCUUACUGUUAUGAAUAUGGUCUCCAGCAUGUACCGCGAUCCUAGUCUUGGGACUUCAAUCAAGAUCGAGGUCCUGAAAAUAAUAUACCUCCAUGCAACGCCGGAGGGCUUGCGUAUAACACCCAAUGGCCGCAAAACUCUGCGCAGUUUCUGUGACUGGCAAAACAGUCUGCAAUGGAUGACGGGGUACUCCGCGAAAGACCACUGGGACUACGAUGCCGCAGUACUUAUGACCAGAAAAGAUAUAUGCGCUGAUCAAAAUGAGCCCUGCUCUACAGUAGGAAUUGGGUACAUGUAUGGCAUGUGUGACCCUAAACGUCGAUGCAGCGUAAGCGAGGACAGUGGGCUGAACGUCGCCUUUACUAUAGCACACGAACUGGCGCACAAUUUUGGGGUUUUUCACGAUGGCGAUGGGAAUCGCUGCACAGACUACUCUGGGUACAUACCACAUCUCAUGUCCGAACGCUGGGAACCCGACAACAUUCACGGAAGCAUGAAAUGGUCAAAGUGCAGCAUCGAUUCGUUACAAGAAUUCUUGAGAUCAAAAGACAGUAGUUGCUUAUAUCGUCACGCGUUGGAAAAACCGAUUGCGUUACCAACUGACUUGGCCGGCGUUACUUAUAGUGCAGACGACCAGUGCCGGCUUCAAUACGGAAACAGAGCAAAGCACUGUGACAAGUACAAGGACCGUAUGUGUCAAAAUCUAUGGUGUGCAAUCCAGGGGGAGCCACUCUGUAGGACCAAGAGGCUUCCCCCUGCUCGAGGUACGGAAUGCGGAGAAGGCAAGUGGUGCAUGUAUGGUUCUUGCGUUAACAACUCCAUGAUCCCAGUCAAGCUAGAUGGGGACUGGGGAGAGUGGAGCCGCUGGACGGACUGCUCGCGGACAUGCGGAUCAGGCGUGACGACGAUGGAGAGGAAGUGUGACAACCCAAAGCCUAUCAAUGGAGGUCACUACUGCAUUGGAGAGAAGAGACGAUACAGAAUUUGCAACGAUAAGCCUUGCCCUGAAGGGUCACGAGACUUUCGUGAAGUUCAAUGUGGAAAAUUCAACAACACCAAAUUUAAGGGGAAGAAGUACCAUUGGAUACCGGCAAUCAGUGACGGACAGCCAUGCGCCUUGUUCUGUAAACCAGCGAACCAAUCAUGGCGAUUCUCAGCCAAGCUCGCAGAUGCGGUUGUCGAUGGCACACCAUGCGCUGUGGGGUCAAGAGAUAUCUGUAUUGGCGGCAAAUGUCAGGCAGUUGGAUGUGACCAUAAGCUCGGUUCUGACGCGAGAGAAGACAUGUGUGGUGUAUGUAAAGGCAAUGGUACUGCGUGUUACACCGUGGAGGGAAGCUUCAACCAGCUCGCGGGCAAAGGUUACGUAGAAGCUGCUCUUAUACCAAAAGGUGCACGAAACAUCAGAGUGAGAGAAGUCAAGCCAUGUACGAGCUUCCUUGCUCUGCGAAGUAAUCUGGGCACGUAUUACAUCAACGGUAACUGGAAAAUCCAGCUUCCUGGUGACUUUGACGCCGAGGGAACGAUCUUUAAGUACGCAAGGCGUGGGACCUGGGAACGACUCGCCGCCAAGGGUCCGACCACAAAGCCCUUUCAUAUUAUGAUUCUCUAUAACGGGUUUAACCUCGGUGUAAAAUACAAAUACACGCUCCCUCGACCAACCAAACGAAGCGAGAAAAAGGCGGAGAAUGAGAUCCCUGUGGUGACUAAAGUAGCAGGCCCUACUUAUGGAUGGGUGCACGGAGGGUGGGGCAACUGUAGCGUUCACUGCGGAGGAGGAAUAAGGAAGAGUCUACGCAUGCGCUGUGUGGGAUUUUACAAAGGAAUGAUCAGAUUUGUGGGGGACGUGUACUGCGCAGACGCAACUAAACCCCGCGAAGAGGAACGCGUGUGUAACGACCACGCAUGCCCCGUCUGGUGGUUUGUGUCGUCAUGGCAACCCUGUAGCUCGAAGUGCGGGAAGGGUGUUCAAACAAGAAAGGUGAUUUGUAAAAAGCAACAAAGGGACGGCACUGCAACGGAAGUAUUGGGCUCCCUGUGCACCGAAGACAAGCCCUCAAGCGUGCGGAACUGCAUCAACAAAGCUUGUCACUUAAAGUGGUACACUGGGCAGUGGUCAAAGUGCUUCGCGAUGUGUGGCGUUGGGAGAAGGCGAAGGCUAGUAAGAUGCCCACGCAUUGGCAAAUGCUCACAGCUGACCAAACCACCAUCUACUCAGGCCUGCUUUAAACAGCCGUGUGAUGAAUGGGCUACGGGGAACUGGGGCGAGUGUUCGGCAAAAUGUGGCUCUGGGUAUCAAAGACGCCUAGUGAAGUGUCGCAAUGCCCUCACCAGACAGUUGAGCGAUAAGUGUCCGCAAAGGACUCGUCCGGUCGACGUUCGGCAGUGCAAGACGAAAGAAUGCGAUAAGGCUCGCUUUCGCAGAGACCGCUGUCUUGGCGAUCGAUACAGCAAGCGCCGGUGUGCAAGUGUUCUUCGUUUUAAUUUGUGCUAUAGCAAAGAGUGGUAUGGGGCUUGCUGCAAAACAUGUGAAAACAUCGCCCCUCCGCUAACAAAGUCUUAGAAUUAACAGAACUUUGUGCGGGAUAAACUCUCCCGUAAGCAAACAAUAGGCCAUUCCAGCUAUAAGCAUGCGCGCGUACUCGACGAAGGAAACGUGCGUCAACUUCCAUCAUGCAGUGCGUGCUUUGUUUGGUGCAAGCUUCAAAGGCGCGCGGAAGUUGAGGUUUUUCCAUUGGGUGUCCUCUUACGGGGAGUUUAUUUGUAUUAGAAUUUAAUUGCGCAAAUGUUUGUUAAAUAGCAUCACUUAUAGGAAAGUUUUUAUUUUAAGCUAAGGCCUUGUUCACAGAGUUGUUACAUUCCCUUCAAGUGUCAGUUGCGCUGAAACUAGCCUUGUUUUUUAUUCUAACUUUGGAUUCAGCAUGCUCUUAAGCAAUUAUUAAUUGUUUUAUUUUUCUGCAUGCGAACUCGCACAACUAUGGGAAAACGAGGAAAAGAAUAUAAUAUUCGUUGGAAUUCGGAACUUACAAUGCCUGGACCAAUGUUCCAGAUCUUGUUAUCUAGAUAGGGUUGCUAUGAGAUAUAUUGGGUGCUGCGAAUCGCAGGGGCAUUAUUACUUCUAGUCUUUCCUUCAACUGGUAGAGUAUUCUAGAAAUUGUACGUUGCUGUAUUUAUAUGCUCAUUCGCAGUAACUUCGCGCUAGUACGCGCUUGUACAAAUAUUCAGGGAGUGAGAAAAAGAUUGCAGUGAGAAAAAGAUUUGCAGGAGUAUAUCGAAUUAAACACAAAUACAACAUUAAA